GUUCGUCCGGUCAGUGUAUGCCACUGAAUAAGACGAUUGUUUAAGGACCAUUCGCGGACCUCUCGCCGCAGUGCUGUAACGCGCGUAUUAUUUGCAGCAGAAUUACUUAUUAAUAUUAUUUUUGAUUUUUCUACACAGUUUAAAGACAAAAAUAUUUUAGAAAAGCGCGUUUUCACUCGAAGCACAUAGGUAUCAUUUUCACGAAUAGCACGGUACCGCUGACACGAUGAAGUAUACAACAUACCUCUUGAGCGCGUUACUAUUGGUAACGUUGUCAUCGACGGAUGUGGACAGUAAACGAGUGAACGUGAGACCGGCGGCGGACGACGGCGAACAAGACGACGCGCAACAGGCCAUCGCCGACGGAGAAGUGCAACAGCAACAGUUCAAGCCGGUGUUGGUCGCACGCAGGCCGCUGCAGCACAGGCCACAGGUGGACGUCGAAACCGAACGACAACCGGUGGUGGUGGUCCGACAAUCGCCCAGGGUGCUGCAACAACGGCCCCGUGAACAGCCAGAGGUCGCCGAUGACGAAGACGCCGAACAGCCGCAAGUGAUCAUCAGACAGCCGACGAAAGCGGGUCUGAGGGCCCAGCCACCGCAAGCGCAGCAGCUCGUGCAACAGCGGCUCAAGCAACAGGAACAACCGCCGCAACAGAAAGAACCGACCGCACAGACCAUCAGGAAUUUCAAUAAGCUCAACGAUGACGGUUCUUUCACGUUCGGCUACGAAGCGGACGACGGCAGCUUCAAAGAGGAGACCAGGGGCACGGACUGCGUGGUCAGGGGCAAGUACGGUUACGUGGACCCGGACGGCAACAAACGUGAAUUCACGUACGUGCAGGGCAACCCGUGCGACCCGAACGCGACCACUGCUGAGGACGAAGAAGAACAGCCGGGCAAACCGGGAGAGGAGGAGAACGUUCCGGCCAACAUUCCGGUGAACGCGGGCAGGCCCAAACCCAAGAACAGCAGGCCGACCACUACGUUGUUCCAGCAGACGUUUGGCGAUUUCGAAUCGCAGCCACAGCCACAACCGUCCGCCACGCCGCGCCAACCGAGUAGACAGCAGCUGGAGCAACCGGCAUUCCAAGAAACUCCCAGGAGACCACCCCCACAGAUAUCGCCGGUACAGCUUCAGGCCGACCGACCGUCGUCCACGGCCGCGCCGCCACAGUUCCUGCCCGCCGCCGGAAACCUGGAGUCGGCCAUUCGGAACCUGCCACAACCGGCGCUGACGUCCGGCAAGAUCCAGUCCCCCGCCGGGCCUAAUUCGCCUCUGUACACCACCGAACUGGUUUUCGACCCGGCCACCGGUCAGUACAACACGGUCAUAUUCCAGCAAGUGCCCAAACAGCAGGCCGGCAUCAACAUCAAUCAACGUUUGCCCCUGCAGGGAGCUGAUCCGGCUAGACAACAGCAGCCUCUGCCUGUGCAGCAGUUCCGACCGCAAGCCCCGCCGCAGUUCCAACAACCACAACCGCAGUUCCGGCCCGCCGUCCCAUCGUUUCAGCCGCAGUUCCAGUCACAGAGACCGAUCGAGUUCGACUUCCAGCGACCUGCCGCCGGAUUCGCUGCAGCUCCGGGCCCGCAACAACAGUUGGUCCAGCAGCAACAGGCCAUGGCGUUCCAACAGUCGCAAAACCUGUUCAGACAACAGCAACAGAAACAACAACUGCAGCAGCAGCAACAACAAUCGUUCCAACCGCAGUCGUCGCAGUUCUUCCCGCCGCCGUCGCAGCGUUUCGAACCGGCGUCACAGUUCGCGUCCAAGCAGCCACAGAGGUUCGAACAGCAACCGGAAGCGCAUCAACAACAGUUCGUUUUAGUCCAGCCCGGCCGAACGCCCGGACAACAGAGCUUGGCCGCUGGCCAGAUCGACGCGUUUCUAAGAGGCCACAACGUGCAAUUCUAAACAGAAUAAUUUAAUUAUAUUUUCAUUUGUAAAUAAAACAAUAUAAUAUAAUGACAGAGACGCCAAGUACAGCGACCUGUGCUAUAAAUUGACGCUAUACUAAAUAGGUAUUAUAAUAUUAAUAAUAAAAUAAUAUUAUUUAGGUUUAAGCUUAAUUAAUAAUGUGUAACGCGUUACAUAGGCAUCAUAUAUAUAUAUAUAUUAUUAAUUUUGUACGUAGGAACGAUAAGGAUAUUCACACCCGUUUAGCUAAGCGGUUUCACCUGACGGAGGUGAAAGCCAUAAUUUACUGUAUAUUUAGCACUUUGCUAAAUGCUAUUAUUAUUUUUUUUUUUUUUUGUAACAUUAAAUCCUCGUAAAA